AUGUCUGCUGAUAUGCGACAACUUCAGGGGAUUCUUCUAACAUAUGGUGAAUCAACAGAAUCAAAAGAAACAGAAAAACAAGCUCGUGCAGCAUCAUUAAAACGUCAUCUAACAAGUGGAAGUGAAAUAAUCGAAAUCAAUGAAGAAAAUCAGACGAAUACUGACGGAGAAAACUUUCGAAAACAAAUAAAUAAUAGAAAUAUUCAAAGUACGAACAGAAACAACAACGAUACAGACUAUCGAUUUCCCGUAAAUAAAACGAACACAAAUUCAAAUAUUAAUGAAAACAGAAUCAGACAUCAACAACAGCAACGAAAUGAUUUAAAUAUUAACAACAGUAAUACUAAACAACAGAGGCCGACAUCGACAGAUCAAAGCUCAAUUCAAAUCUCCAGUCCCGCUUUAAACUAUACGACGGAACAUCAUCUUCCUCCAUUAAAAAUGGAAUGUAAUCUUAAACUAAAAGAUCAAAAACAAGGAUGA